AGAGACAGAAGCCCUCCUCCCUCCCUCCCUCUCUCCCUCUCUCUCUCUCUCUCUCUCUCUCUCUCACUCUCCUACUCACUCUCCCUUUCUCUUAAAGCUCCACACCAACAGAGGGUCAUCUGUACAGACGGCAAAGGCAGACACAGCUCCAAAGACUUCCGACGCAGACACACGUGGCCAUCCCAGACACAGUGCCCCCCGAAUAACGAGCAAACAUGUCCGACAAGCCUGACCUGACCGAGAUCAUGAGCUUCGACAAAACCAAGCUAAAGAAGACGGAGACAAGAGAGAAGAACCCGCUUCCCACCAAAGAGGUCAUCGAACAGGAAAGGAAAGGAGAGACAUCGCCUUGACCGAAAACCCCACAAUUCCACGGAACUGGUCUCACAAAUGGCACUUUUACUUGACUGUUACCAAGUUUUUUUUUCUGCCUGACUGGAGAAACACACUUCUGAUAUGUAGAACUGUAAUUCAAAACAGAAGAAGAUGAUGACCUUCAUUUAACAUGGGGGUGGGUGCAAAUAGAGUGAUGGAGGAGGGUGGAUGCAGGCUCUGGAAGAUGAUCUCCUUCAUGUGUCUCUGCUCUCUAAUAUACCCCUUUUGAUGCUUGAUUUCUGUGUUCUUGUUUGUUUAUGAAAAAUAAAUGCAAACAAAUAUAAAACUA